AUGUACCAACUCGCCAUCGCUGCCCUCCUCCAGCUGUCGCUGGCGUUCCUCGCCGAGGCCGCGCCCGUCACCGUCCAAGGCACCUCGUGGCAGGGCCCCACCGGCGGCGGCAUCGUUGGAUUCAUUGUCCUCGUUCUCGAUAUCAUUGCGUGGGUGGAGAUUUUCCAGUCGAACCGCACGCCCAUGAACAAGGUCAUCUGGUGCCUGGUUGUCUUCCUCUUCCCCGUCGUCGGCAUGAUCAUCUACUACCUCUUCUCGGACCGUGCGUCUCAUAACGCGGGUGGAUAUGAAGCCAUUCCGUCAUAG